AGGGGCUUGCCAGGCAUCACCCGCGCUGCGCUGAAGCCGGCGCCCAGGGCCGCAGGGGGGCUUUGGAAGGACCCGCUCUGAGCUCGCCCCCCCUCGCCAGGGAGGCUCUCCUUGGUGGCAGGGGCGCGGCGCCCACCAUGCGGGACUGCCCACGGCUCGCGCUGCUCUGCGCGCUGCUACCCUGGCUCCAGCACACGGCGGCACCCCGGCGACCCGCGCAACCCCUCCCGAGCCGCAACCCCCGCGACCUCGCCAGGGGCUUCGAUUUCGAUCGCGUCUACAGCGGGGUGGUGAGCCUCACCAAGGAGAACACCUACUCCUUCAACUACACUAGCCAGCCGGGCCAGGUGAAUGCUGUUCGGGUGUAUGUGAAUAGUUCCUCAGAGAACCUCGACUACCCAGUCCUCGUCAUGGUUCACCAGCAGAAAGGGGUGCUGUCCUGGCAGGUUCCUCUCCUCUUCCAAGGACUAUACCAGAGGAGUUACAAGUACCAGGAAGUAAGCCGCACCUUGUGUCCCUCAGAAGCAACCAAUGAAACAGGACCUCUGGAGCAACUGGUAAUUGUAGAUGUCACCUCCAUGGCUCCACUGGGCGCCCAGUACAAACUGCUGGUUACCAAGAUCACGCACUUCCAGCUACAGACAAAUGUUGCCUUUCACUUCACUGCCAGCCCCUCUCAACCUCAGUAUUUUCUAUACAAAUUUCCUGAUGAUGUGGACUCAGUUAUUAUUAAAGUCAGGUCUGAAAUGGCUUAUCCAUGUUCUGUUGUCUCAGUCCAGAAUAUCAUGUGCCCAGUGCACGAUCUCGACCACAAUGUGGAAUUUAAUGGUGUCUAUCAGUCCAUGACCAAGAAAGCUGCCAUCACACUGCAGUUCACACCACCAUGGAUUUUCUCCCCUUUUGCUAUCCUUUCUUGCUAUCACAAGUUGUUCUAUCUUAUGCAGAAGAAGGAUUUUCCAAGCGAGCAGUUCUUCGUGGUAUUUGUGAUAAGGCCUGAAGAUUAUACCUGCGGAGGAUCUUUCUUUAUCCAGGAAAAGGAGAACCAAACCUGGAAUCUACAUCGAACAAAGAACCUUAAAGUGACCAUUGUUCCUUCCACUAAAGGAUCUGUUGAUAUGAAACCCAUUCUUAUCAGUCUCAUCAUCUUCCUCUUCUUCUACUUUGGAUUUGUACUUCUUAUUCUUGUUCAUUGUAUCAGGUUUAAAAGAAAAUCCAUCGAUGGAAGCUUUGGUUCCAGUGAUGGCUCUGGAAAUACGGCGGUGUCACAUCCCAUUGCUGCCGGCACCCCUGAAGGAAGCAAUUAUGGGGCAAUAGAGGAGUCAAGUUCCAGUCCUGGCAGGCAGAUGUCCUCCUCCAAUGGUGGGCAGACGUUCCAGUCAGACACAGACAGCUCCGUGGAGGAGAGUGACUUCGACACCUUGCCAGACAUUGAGAGUGAUAAGAACAUCAUCCGGACCAAGGUGUUCCUUUUCCUGUCAGAUCUGUCCCGGAAGGACCAGAGAAUUAUCAGCAAAAAAUAUAAGAUUUAUUUUUGGAACAUCGUCACCAUCUCUGUGUUUUAUGCACUGCCUGUGAUCCAACUGGUCAUCACCUACCAGAAAGCUGGGCUCAGCAGAUGGGGAAACAUGAAGCUCCUCUUCUCACUCUUGAUUUUGCAGGUGGCAAAUGUCACGGGCAAUCAGGACAUCUGCUACUACAACUUCCUCUGUGCUCACCCCCUGGGCACCCUGAGUGCCUUCAACAACAUUUUCAGUAACCUGGGCUACAUGCUCCUGGGCUUCCUCUUCCUGCUGAUAGUCUUGCACCGGGACAUUCUCCAUCACAGAGCCCUGGAAGCCAAGGACAGCUUUGCCAUGGAGUAUGGGAUUCCUAAACACUUUGGUGUUUUCUAUGCAAUGGGCAUCGCAUUGAUCAUGCAAGGAGUGUUCAGUGCUUGUUACCAUGUCUGCCCUAAUUACUACAACUUCCAAUUCGGCUCCUUCCGUGUGCCCUCAGACACCUCCUUCAUGUACAUGAUUGCCGGCCUCUGCAUGCUGAAGCUCUACCAGAGCCGCCACCCGGACAUCAAUGCCAGUGCCUACGCUGCCUACGCCUCCUUCGCGGUGGUCAUCAUGCUCACUGUCCUCGGAGUGGUGUCUGGAGAACAUAACAUGUGGUUCUGGGUCAUCUUCUCUGCGAUCCAUAUCCUGGCAACCCUGGCCCUCAGCACCCAGAUCUACUACAUGGGUCGUUUCAAGAUCGACUUGGGGCUUUUCCGACGGGCCUUGAUGGUGUUCUACAUGGACUUCGCCCAGCAGUGCGGCCGGCCUCUGUACAAGGACAGAAUGGUGUUGCUCAUCGUGGGGAAUCUGAUUAACGGGUCCUUUGCGCUCUGUGGACUGAUCUUUCGGCCCAGGGACUUUGCUUCCUACAUGCUGGGGAUCUUCAUCUGUAACCUGCUGCUCUAUCUGACCUUUUACAUCAUCAUGAAGCUUCGCAGCUCAGAGAAGCUCCUCCCGACCCCGCUCCUCUGCAUCGUGGCCACUGUUGUGAUGUGGGUCGCCUCGCUGUACUUUUUCUUCCAGAACCCCAGCAGCUGGGAGGACACCCCAGCCGAAUCCCGGGAGAGGAACCGGGAGUGUAUCCUGCUGGAUUUCUUUGAUGACCAUGACAUCUGGCACUUCCUCUCUGCCACUGCCCUGUUUUUCUCAUUCUUGGUUCUGUUAACCCUGGAUGAUGACCUGGAUGUGGUCCACAGAAACCAGAUCCGUGUCUUCUGAGCCUCCAGCUUUAAGAGAGGGAGAGGGAGCAGUCGAUCUAGGUGCUGUUUCAUGAAAAUACAGGGACGGCCGCAAAGUCACCACUGCCAGAUACUCCACUCCCGCUCUGUCGAGUCAGCUCUGCACGCAUUCCCAUAGGAAGGAGAGGGGCGGGAGGGAGACUCUAGCCUGCUAGAAGGAGAGCAGAGGGGAAGCCACGGGUAUGGCCGUAGGCAAACCCUGAAGAGUCAAGAGACCCCCAUCCCCUCCCGUGUGCAGCCCUGAGCUAGACGUGGACAAAAGCUGCCUCAAAGUCAACUCAAUGUCUCGGGACCCCUCCCACUCUUACCCAACAUUUGCCAGCAAGGGCAGAACAAUGCUGCACGCUUCAUCCAGCUGCCUCUAGGCCCAGAGAGGCCAGCAACUCAGGUCUCCUGCCCAGACACUUCAGGGGGACCCCUCUGCACCUCCACUACAUCUGCUGCUCUAGACAUCCCAGAGCACCAGCUCGCUCCUCUGAGGUCCAGGGAUGACGCAGAUUCCUCAGAGUCUGGCGGAGGGCUGAACCCAACCCCCUACCCAACUGGGAUAGAUAUUUUAGUAGGACCAGCCAGUCACCUCCUUGGAAGGAAGGCUGUAUGUGUCCCCCAGGUUCCUGACCCCAUUAGAAGGGCUCUGGAUUGGGCUUUUUCACACACCUGUCCUCACAGGUGACUGUCUCUGGGACCAAGGCUUGGGUGCUUACCUACUUCUUAGUGUCUUUCAUCUCACCCCUGUGUGUUGACCCCACAACUCAGGCUCCGCUUUCUUCGGAAGGCCGUGUUACCCCCUCAGCUCCAAGGCAGAAGGGGAAACAGGAGAAACUCUUCUAGCAGCAAGAGAGGAAUGACCAACAGGGCUGACAGACUGGCGACAUCAGCAUCAAGCAAACAGACCUCACCCUAAGGACAUGGGCUCCUGGGGCAAAUGCAGCAAAGGUGAAAUUGCUUCCUCGUGCCUCCAAUUCAGACAGCUCAAUUCUGUGCCCACAUCACCUGUGGAGAAUAAAUAAUUGCUCUAACCAGGGGCACUGCACUGGGGUCCUCCAUCACCAACCAAGCCCCCUACCUGCCACUUUAUGCUGAUCAGGGGCUCCAGAUUUUCUCCCUGAAGUUCUCUAAAAGUAACUCUCAGGGUGAACACAUUUUACUCAUCCUCCUGAGUUGCGAAGAGCAAGCCGAUUGAGGAUUGUCUUUUUGGUUGCACCUGAUUUUCAUUCUCUCCCCCAGUAAAGUGUUGCAGAGCUCAGCAUCGCACUUCACUCACACUGUCUGGCAAUUCUGCUCCUGACAAGCCCCAUUUGGACCAAGCACCCUCAUUACCUAGCGUAAGAUGUAAUCAGAAAAUAGACAUAUGAAUGUGUACCCCAUAUAUAUUUGCCUGUGAAACUGAAGUCACCUGUCACCUAUUUUCCUGAUUGUUCAUUAGAGAAAUGGAUGAUAUUAAAAAAAUAUAUUAUUCUGUCUCUAAAAUAUUUGCAUAAUGUUCAAAAUCACAUUUUGGAAGUUAGAAAAGUUUAAAAAUGCAAAGAUGUUUUUAAUGAAGCUUUUUGUGAUAUGUUUUUCUAAAAUGCCCCCAAAUUCAUAUUUGGUUUUCUGCUCUUCUUUAUUCCUUAGAAACUGUUGGAUUCCAUAGGCCACACGAAGGCCACCUAUUAAAUGGUGGUGUUAGUCUAACAUCUAAAACAAAUUUCAAAACUGUUUAACUAUGGCAUACUUGACCUAAUUCUUUUAUUUUAAUGUACUGAUGGUUUCAAAUAAAAAAAAAAAGGUGCACUAA